AUGUCAAGAUUCUCAUUAGCACCGUUAGCCUGCUAUGUUCAACAACAGUACACACCAGCACGACGUUAUACCAUUAGAUGGAUUGGUCUAUGCAUUCUAACUAUGUAUUUCGUUGGCCCACGUUUACUAUCGAAAUAUGAUUAUAUUGAUGUCAAAGGUGAAUCAUCCAUAUGUCAUGUUACUGAAAGUCAAAUGGAAAAAUUUCAUCACUAUAAUAAUCGUGGGCAAAAUAAAGUUAUCAUCUAUUAUCAUCCCACAUGGAUUGUGACGUACAAUACAAAGGAUGAGAAAAGUUUAUAG